GCGGCGGCCGGAGUGGCAGGAGCUGGCGCUGGAGCCCGAGCAACGACGCUGGCGGAGACACCGGCUGCAUCUUGCUUCGCCGCCGGCCAAGGAAGCUAUCCAAGAAUUCUGUGAAUAAGGCUGAGAAUUGACAUUGCCAGAAUCCACAGGGAAGAUGCCCAUCUUGUUCAUGUGGUGGAAGAAGCUUUUCCUAAAAGGACUCCUGUACCCCCUGGAAGAGCUCAAGGAAGACCAGUGAAGGUAGGCAUGAAGCCUCCGUCUCACAGCUGCAUGCAUAGUCACUGGUGAAGCAAAUGCCUACCUAAUUUGACAGUCUCAGUAUGUUUAAAAAUUUUUGAGUUUGCAAAUAAGCUUAUUAAGCUUACUGAUGGAGCCUUCCAGCAGUGAACAGUUAUAUGAGGACCCUGAUCCUGGAGGCAGAUCCCAAGAUGGAGAGGCCAGAAGGCAGACAGAAUCAGAACAAAAGUUAUCUAAAAUGACCCACAAUGCUCUGGAGAACAUUAAUGUGAUUGGCCAAGGCUUGAAGCAUCUCUUCCAGCAUCAGCGCAGGAGGUCGUCAGUGUCUCCACACGAUGUGCAGCAGAUUCAGACAGAUCCAGAACCUGAAGUGGAUCUGGACACCCAGAAUGCAUGUGCUGAGAUUGAUGGUGUUUCCACCCACCCCACAGCUCUGAAUCGAGUUCUGCAGCAGAUCCGUGUGCCACCCAAGAUGAAGAGAGGGACAAGCUUGCAUAGUAGGCGGGGCAAGUCAGAGGCCCCAAAGGGAAGUCCUCAGAUCAACAGGAAAUCUGGCCAGGAGGUGGCAGCUGUUAUACAGUCAGGCCGACCCAGGUCUUCAUCCACAACUGAUGCUCCUACCAGCUCCGUUGUGAUGGAAAUAGCUUGUGCUGCUGCUGCUGUGUGUCUGCCAGGAGAGGAGGCAAUUACUGAUCGGAUCGAGCGUUUGGACGUAAGCAGCCUUGCCCAGACCUCCAGUGCCGUGGCCUCCAGCACCGAUGGCAGCCUCCACACAGAGUCUGUGGACGGAAUUCCAGACCCUCAGCGCACAAAAGCUGCCAUUGCUCACCUGCAGCAGAAGAUCCUAAAGCUCACAGAACAGAUCAAGAUUGCACAGACAGCCCGGGACGACAACGUCGCUGAGUAUUUAAAGCUUGCUAACAGUGCAGACAAGCAACAGGCUGCUCGCAUCAAGCAGGUGUUUGAGAAGAAGAACCAGAAAUCUGCCCAGACCAUCCUCCAGCUGCAGAAGAAGCUUGAGCACUACCACCGCAAACUCCGAGAGGUAGAGCAAAAUGGGAUCCCCCGACAGCCAAAGGAUGUCUUCAGGGACAUGCACCAAGGUCUGAAGGAUGUGGGUGCGAAGGUGACUGGCUUCAGUGAAGGUGUCGUAGACAGUGUCAAAGGUGGAUUUUCCAGUUUCUCCCAGGCUACCCAUUCAGCAGCAGGUGCUGUGGUCUCAAAGCCCAGAGAAAUCGCCUCAUUGAUUCGGAACAAAUUUGGUAGUGCAGACAACAUCCCUAACCUGAAGGACUCAUUGGAGGAAGGGCAAGUGGAUGAUGGGGGAAAGGCUUUGGGGGUGAUUUCAAACUUUCAGUCAAGCCCAAAAUAUGGUAGUGAGGAAGAUUGUUCUAGUGCCACUUCAGGCUCAGUAGGAGCCAACAGCACCACCGGGGGCGUUGCUGUAGGAGCAUCCAGCUCCAAAACCAACACCCUAGACAUGCAGAGCUCAGGGUUUGAUGCACUACUGCAUGAGAUCCAGGAAAUCCGAGAAACCCAGGCCAGACUGGAGGAAUCCUUUGAGACCCUCAAGGAACAUUAUCAGAGGGACUAUUCCUUAAUAAUGCAGACCUUACAGGAGGAGCGGUAUAGAUGUGAACGAUUAGAAGAACAACUAAAUGACCUAACUGAACUCCACCAGAAUGAAAUCUUAAAUUUAAAGCAGGAAUUGGCCAGCAUGGAAGAGAAAAUUGCAUAUCAGUCCUAUGAACGGGCCCGGGACAUCCAGGAGGCCCUGGAGGCAUGCCAGACCCGCAUCUCCAAGAUGGAGCUGCAACAGCAGCAACAGCAGGUGGUACAGCUGGAAGGACUGGAGAAUGCCACUGCCCGGAACCUUCUGGGAAAACUCAUCAACAUCCUCCUGGCUGUCAUGGCGGUCCUCUUAGUCUUUGUGUCCACAGUAGCCAACUGUGUGGUCCCCCUCAUGAAGACUCGCAACAGGACGUUCAGCACUUUAUUCCUUGUGGCUUUCAUUGCCUUUCUCUGGAAGCACUGGGAUGCCCUCUUCAGCUACGUGGACCGGUUCUUCUCAGCCCCCAGAUGAUGCUGGUGCAGGGAGUGCAUGCCAAGACAGCUAGACAACAACAUACCCACUCUGAAGUUUUCUACAACGAGAGAGUUGAGUGAAUCUGUUUACAUUUAGGAUAAUGUUUUUUUCUUCAAGAGACGCAAUUGCAAUAGUAUUUUUUAGAUUUUAUCCAAGAAGUUUUUUGAGAGAAAAUCUUGGAUCAUUUUUAUGUAGCAUGAUUUUCCUUGGGAUGCAAAUCUUAAACAGUCCUUUAACAUGAACCAACACUCUGCAGCACACUGAAGGGCAUUCUGGAUUGAGGCUUGAAGGACUGUAAUAAACCCACUAAACAGAUGCAAAGAUCUGACUAGGCCUGGUACCCGCCCUGCCUGGGCUCCCACCUGUUCUCAUCCAAGCUAACACUACUGUGAAGUCCCACCACAUUCCAGGUCGGAAUUUUGGAUUCAGGGUGGAUAUUCCCUGCCGUGGAGGAACACAGGCAUCUCCCCGACUGGCUUUCUCAUACUAACCCUGAAGUGUGAUUCCCCUCUGAACCUGCCAGGAUAUGGAAGAGUGUGUCAGGCCCACAGGAUCACUGCACAGUCCUGUUCAGUAUUGUGAAGUAGCCCUUAAUCCUUACUUUUAAGCAAAAUCCCUUGGCCGCACUUUUAAGGUUUUUUUUUUUAAUAUAUAUAUAUAUAUAUAUAUGUAUAGUUACCAACUUAAAAAUAAAUCCGAACAGCAUACUUGAAGAAUGUAAUACUCAAACUCUCAGCGCUUCCUUAUGGUUUCUAAUAGGAUUUUUAUUGUUAUUAUUAUGGGUUUUUUUGGAAAGGGUUGGGAGGAUCUUUUUUUUUUUUUCUUUGAAAUAAAGAAGUGAUGUUUGAAAUGAAGCCGUGUGGGUAUUUCAGCGUGCUGCUCUCUGUUGUCUUGAAACAGUUGAGUUGGAGACUGCUGCAAGUGCUGCCCUCUGCCGCCCUGUUUGAGAUGCAGCUUAAACUCCCCUCUGCUGCCUCGGCUUUCUGGUUGGUGUCCACCACGCCUACAGCACCACUGCCAGGGCUUGGCUUAGUUGGAGCAGUGAGGGGUACGCAGAAAGAGGGGGACGUGGUCUGUACAGACCAAUGUAGUAAGACUGGAAUUUUUUUUUUUUUGCCCCAAGUUAAUACAGUGACCUUGGGCUGGGGUUGUCUUUAGGAAAAAAUGAAAGUAUGUUAUGAGAGUCAUAUAUAAUUCUUUAUGUUUGCUUAUUUAUUGUUUAACACCCCCUAAUUAUCGAAACCAAAGUGAUGUCAAAUCUUCUGUCUGCAUUUUGGCCUCAGCAUCCUUAACUUCAAAGCUUUAUUAUGUCUGCCUGAGAGAGUCAACUGAAGCUGAUUCUCCCAAAAAGCAGGAAAGGAAAUGUCAGGUUAGAAGGACCCAAGUCUUGGGUGUAGACUGUUGCCAGCUUUGUGUUAACCUAGACUGACCUACUGAUCUCACUAUAUUCAGUGGACUUUCAGAGACAGUUUAGGAAGAUGAGCUGAGCAUUCAUCCCCAUCCUAUAGUCAGUUCCGUCGUGGAACUUGAACCUUCAGAGGUACUAGAGAGCUUGGUUACGCUUCGAUUAUUCCUAGUACUAGGUCACAAAUGCCAUUUCCUGUGGCUGCAUUCUGUCACCUGAUGCACAGGGGGCCUGUGCUGUACCCUGGAAGAGAAGCAAAACAUGCUUCACUAAGUCCCCACACCAAGACCUUUCAGAACUAGGUCAGCAUUGCCCUGUCUGGUUUACGUAAUAGCUCCAGCCUCCUUUUGCAUUGACAAGCUGGCCUCCUCAGUCAGCGUGCUAUCCCCAUGACCACUUUGAUAUUAUAACUCAGGUACCCCAGACUUCACUCCAUCCCCAGAUGGCUGUCAUUAACCUUAUAAUUAACACCUAGAGCAGGGACCACAGGGCUGAUUUUUUUUCUUUUUUAAAUUAAAAUCAAUUCAUAUUCAUGCCAAAACAAAUUGUCCCCAGCCUAUAUAUUUAAAAUGUUAACUUUGCCUGGAAACACUGCACAACUUGAGGCGAGAAGACCACAGGCUACCGUGACUGUGCUGGACUAGCGUCGCUGCUGUAGCUUAGUCACUACAGUACAGAAGAAAGCCCCAAGGCUGAGGGAAAGACCUCCGUUGGCAGCCCAUUGGCUUCUCUAGGACAGUCCGACUGCCCUGGAUGUCACUGUGAUAGAUAAGUUGAAACUGUUCCGUUUGCCUGGAGACAGUUACUGUCAAAGGAAGGUUUUCACCUGUGGAAAGCCCUGGAACUCUAGCCAAACAGGCUCCAACUGACUUCACAUCUUCCUCUUGUGGCUGUUGGAAAGGACCUUCAGUCCAGGUCAGGCCCUGUCAUGGCUUCUCACUGUCUUGCCCUCUGCUCACUCACCAGACCCACAGUUGUCAGCAUUCAGUGCUCUGUGUAACACACAUCUGUUUUCCUGCCUGUCCUUUCACUGUCCAUCUCUGUUACCUUUGAAUUUCUUUUCAUUGUGGCUGUCCUUGGAUGAUCUUGUCUGUUCAUAGCCCUGUGAUAGCCUUGCUCUAAUGGUUUAACAAUUGUUCUGAAGGAAACUUGCCCAUGAUUUAAUGCUUCUUUUCAUUAAAAGGAAAUAAUAAAUCAAAAGACUGUGCAUUCCCAUUGGAGUGAAGCAUUCCUUGACUCCUUGUUCAUGCUGGUGCCUAGCCUGGGUGAGUGAGGCUGGCUCUGUUGGCCUGGGUGACUGCUGAGGUUGUGGAGUCGCCAUCAUUCUACAUUAUUCGUGAUCACUAAAGGCCUGUCUGCUCCAGUUUCACAUCCAGGGUGUACUCAGUGCGUCUUGGCAAGGAAGGCUUUCUAUACCAGUCUGUAAGAGGCAAAAGCAGGUUCAGUUGGAUCCAUCACUGACUGAGCUUCUCUAGCCCGUGUCCCAACUGCGGUCAAACAGCUGAUGCCAGACCAGUGGGACAGAGCCUUCUUUGCUAGCCAUGUCCUGACAACGAGCCUGCUUUCCCAUGGUCUUCACUGUGUUUGGUUUUGUUUCCAAUUACAUGCUCCUCUGGGGUAGUCAGUGGAGAUCCUGGAUUCUAAGUGAGCGCCAAUGAGGAGCUGCCUUCUAGUUUUGGAAAAUACACAUCUAAACCAAACCAAACACUGUUGUCAGCAAGCUGACACAGGCAAAAUACCCGUUCCCACACCACCCCUAUGAAACUGGGGUUUUGAAUGUGGCCUGAGUUAACAUUUUUGUGUGUUGUGUGUGCUAGGUGAAACCCUCAGUAGGGGCUGACUACUAGACUAUAAGUGUGUUUUAUCAAAGUGUGUAAGAAUAAAAACUCACUUGCACGAAUUGCAGAGUAAAGAAAUGAUACUUGUGAACGUGUGAACGUUAACACUGUAGUUGAUAGAUCUUAAGCUGCUAAUUGUUGAGAGAGAAUUCAUUUGUGUUCUGUCUGGUUGCUGCAGAUUCUGAGCAGCACUUUUACUGUACAUACAAAUGGAAAUAAAGACCUCAGCUAGUAA